UGGGAAGGAGAACCCUGGAGACUCGCGUGUGCAGAGGAAAAUAAGUACACAAUGUUUCCAUGAAAAGAGUCAAGGCUGACUUUGUAACCAAAGCGGAAUUAUAAGCAAACUCUUGAGUAAGAGAAACUGAAAUAUUCCACUCUCCAUCCUUCCUGGAUCCCAUCAUGAGCUACAGGAAGAUGGACAAGCAUGGAAGCCCACAGUAUUGCCGCCAUUUUCUGGCUGACAACAGCAUCUUCCAUGUUGAGCGAUGCAUGAGUGUGAUGCAGUCGGGGACUCAGAUGGUGAAGCUGAAGAACGGUUCUAAAGGUCUGGUCCGGCUCUUCUAUUUGGAUGAACACCGUUCCUGCAUCCGCUGGAGACCGUCUCGCAAGAGUGAGAAAGCCAAGAUCACCAUCGACUCACUCUACAAGGUCACAGAAGGUCGUCAGUCUGACAUUUUCCAUCGCCAUGCAGAAGGUACCUUUGAUCCAAGUUGUUGUUUCACUAUUUACCAUGGCAAUCAAAUGGAAUCCCUGGACUUGGUCACCUCUAAUUCAGAGGAAGCGAGGACAUGGGUGACUGGACUCCGAUAUCUGAUGGCCGGUAUCAGUGAUGAAGAUUCGCUAGCUAAGAGACAGCGCACACAUGACCAGUGGAUGAAGCAGACCUUCGAGGAGGCUGAUAAGAAUGGAGAUGGUCUUCUGAACAUUGAAGAGAUCUACCAGCUUUUACACAAGUUGAACGUCAACUUGCCUCGCAGAAAAGUCAAACAGAUGUUCCAGGAAGCAGACACUGAUGACCAACAGGGCACACUGACGUUUGAGGAGUUCACUGUCUUCUAUAAGAUGAUGUCGUUAAGGCGAGACCUCUAUCUGCUGCUCAUGUGUUUCAGUGAGAAGAAGGAUCACCUGACCGCAGAGGAACUUGGCAACUUUCUGUGUAUGGAGCAAAAGAUGUCCAAUGUGACCCCUGAGUACUGUCUGGACAUAAUCAAUAAGUUUGAAGUCUCUGAGGAGAACAAGCAGAAUGGAGUUCUUGGAAUUGAAGGGUUCACCAACUACAUGCGGAGCCCAGUCUGUGAUGUGUUCAACCCUCAGCACAAUGAGGUCAAUCAAGACAUGGAUCAGCCUCUGUGUAACUAUUUCAUAGCCUCUUCCCACAACACCUACCUGACUGGAGAUCAGCUGCUGUCCCACUCCAAGACGGACAUGUAUGCUUGGGUCCUGCAGGCCGGCUGCCGCUGUGUGGAGGUGGACUGUUGGGAUGGGCCAGACGGGGAGCCUAUGGUCCAACACGGUUACACUCUGACCUCCAAGAUCACCUUUAAAUCUGUCAUUGAGACCAUCAACAAAUACGCCUUUGUAAACAAUGAGUUCCCUGUGAUCCUGUCCAUAGAGAAUCACUGCAGCAUUCAGCAGCAGAAGAAGAUAGCUCAGCACCUGAAAGAGAUCUUCGGAGACAAGCUGGAUGUGGUGGAGGCUCUGAACAAAGACCCAAAGCAGCUCCCCAGUCCGAACUCCCUGAAGGGCAAGCUACUUAUAAAGGGGAAGCGUCUUCCUCUGUACUUGUCUGCAGAUGCUGAAGAGGGUGAGGUGUCUGAUGACGACAGUGCUGAUGAGAUUGAAGAUGACUUCAAGCUGAAGAAUAGCAUGUCCAAUGGGUCCAGUCAGCAGCAGGUGGAGUCCCACAUCAGGAAGAAACUAGACUCACUGAUGAAAGAGUCUCAAAUCGGGGACAAAGAGGACACGGACAGUUUCUCUAUCCGAGCGCUGCUCCGUGCCACCCAUGAGGGCAUCCAAAGAAACCUGCGCAAGAAUUCCAAAGAUGGAAUGAAGAAAUCCCAGAGCCGCUCCUUCAUUAGCAACCUGAAACACAAGAGGCACUCCAAAUCAAGGCUGAAAUGUCAGAGUGUUGAGACAGACGAUGACGGGCAGCAGGAGCCAUCAGGUGGACAGUUUAACAGAGGUGGAAGGAGAAGGAAAACGAUAAAGCUGAGUAGAGAUCUAUCAGAUCUGGUGGUGCUCACCAACUCUGUGGCCUCUCAGGAGUGUUUAGAUGAGGGAUCGCCCUAUAAUGUUCUGUCGUUUAGUGAGACACGAGCUCAGCACCCCUUGCACCAUCGAUCUGAGCGCUUCUUGACUUUCAACCAACGACAGCUCUCUCGGAUCUAUCCCUCUGCCUACCGGAUCGACUCCAGUAACUUUAACCCACAGACGUACUGGAAUGUGGGAUGCCAACUAGUGGCUUUAAACUACCAGACUGAUGGCCGUAUGAUGCAGCUGAACAGAGCCAAGUUCAUGGUGAAUGGAGUCAGUGGCUAUGUGCUCAAACCUGGCCCAAUGUGUAAAGGCUCCUUCAACCCACUGAAUGAUGAUCCGCUUCCUGCAAAUCCGAAGAAACAGUUGGUGAUAAAAAUCAUUAGUGGACAGCAGCUGCCCAAACCUCCCGAUUCAAUGCUGGGAGACCGUGGUGAGAUCAUUGAUCCCUUCGUUGAAGUGGAGAUUAUUGGUCUUCCGGUGGACUGCUGUAAAGAACAAACCAGAGUUGUGGAUGAUAAUGGAUUUAACCCUGUGUGGGAAGAGACUCUGUCUUUCACACUUCACAUGCCCGAGGUGGCUCUAGUACGCUUCUUGGUUUGGGAUCAUGACCCCAUUGGACGAGACUUUGUGGGCCAGAGAACCGUAGCUUUCAGCAGUCUUAUGCCAGGAUAUAGACACGUUUAUUUGGAAGGAAUGACAGAGGCAUCCAUUUUUGUCCAUAUCACAGUGCAUGACAUCUAUGGGAAG